AUGAGAACGACAAUCGAUCGAUUAUAUCCAGAUAUUUGGCUGCAAGUAUUUGAAUAUUUUAAUGCUCAGGAAUUAUGUUUUAGUCUCAUACACAUAACUAAACAAGCUGAUGACGUGUUAUUCAAUAUAAAUCAUCGCUUUUGUUUACGUGGACUUGUUCUUGAUACGCAUGUUCAAAUUCUUCCAGAACAACUUUUGCUUCGUCAAGUCAUUUCUCUCGAAGUGCAUCAAAACAACCAUCUUGACAACAUUCAACAAUGUUUAGAACUUCGUUCGUUAAAACUUAUCGGUCAUCCAGAGUGGAUCAUUUCUAUCCUCGGAAAAAUUUCACAGGCUAACUCGAAACUUGAGCAACUAACAUUAGUGAUACCUGGCAUUGGUUUGUUGCACAACUUAUUCGCAUCUAUUGCAUCAUUAUUAUCAUUACGUCGACUAGAAAUUUAUGGAGAUCAAUUGGAAGAAAGAAUAAAAAAUGGUACUUCAUUCUUGACACAAACAAAAAUCGAACAAUUUAUUUUACAUUCAUGCUCACCAAUGAGUUGGAAUGAUUUAUCAUCCAUGUUACCUGGGCUGUUCAAUAUUCGCUUCUUGGAUAUUACAUUGAUCCAUCUUAGCAAAAAUUCGCUUUGUUCAUUUGUUUUCCCAAAGCUUCGAUCUGUUUCUCUCAUACUACUUGAAGUCCCAUUUGACUGCAUCAUUCAGCUUGCAACAACAAUGCCUUCUCUCGUGAAACUUAAAAUAAAUGGUCUCGUAGAUGCUGAAGGAUUUGUCGUCAAUAAUAAAUGGCUCAAUCUAUUAGAAUCUUGUUCGUCUCUUAUAAAAGUAACUGUAAGUCUUUCAUUGGAACAAGGCACAAAUUGUUAUUAUAAUGAACUGAUCCAAACAGCCUUGCAUGGACUCAAUUUAAAUUUAAGAUACAUCGAUGACGAUUACGAAUAUGACUUAGACAGAGACAAUCAGUUUCGUUGGUGGAACUUGUCGGGAGUAAUGAUCAAAAAAGGUGGACAUAUGUUUGAAAAAUAUCAAACACCGUCCUAA